AACCUCUAAGCCUUCUCUUAUUUAUUUACCAUCCCCAUCUCCCCAUUUUUUGCUUAUUAUUACUCACCUUAACUAAACUUUCUCUCUUUAACUGUUAACUUGUACGUACGUUCUUCUCUUUAAUUUCCCCAUCAAUCCAUUCACACUUUUAAUUAGUUUCUCUUCUCAUCCUUACUAAAUUCUUCCUUUACUACUCUGAUAUGGAUCGUUCUACGCAGCACCAGCACCAGCACCAGGUGUCAGAAGUAGACAACAUGAUGAUGUGCGCAAAAUCCGAAAAUAUGGAACAACAUCAACUGGAAAAGAAGGCAAGGCCGGCAGAUGAGCAAGCAUUGAAAUGCCCAAGAUGUGAUUCUUCCAACACUAAAUUCUGUUACUACAACAAUUACAGUCUUACCCAACCAAGGUACUUUUGCAAGUCUUGUAGAAGGUACUGGACUAAAGGUGGGACCUUGAGGAAUGUUCCAGUAGGUGGAGGGUGCAGGAAGAAUCGUAGAUCCUCAUCCUCAUCCUCUGCUAAAAGACCUACCCCUGAUCAUCAUCUUCAAUUCCAUGGCUUAAUCACUACCCCUACUUCUUCUUCAUCAUCAUCAUCACAAAAUUUGAUGAUCAACUCUUAUGAUCAUCAUCAUGGGAAUAUUUCCAUUUUGGGAAAUUCAUAUUUUGACAUAUUUGGUAACCCAUGUGGAAAUAAUUCCUCAGUUCUUGAUACUUUAAGAAGUAAUAUUAUUGAGAAUAAUCAUUUGUAUUAUGGGGUUACUAAUUUGGGAAAUGUUGAGAAUGGUGGUAUGAUGCAUUUUGAUGAUUAUAAUCAUAAUAAUGGGGUAGAGAUUAUGAGUAAUGCUUCAUCAGGAUCUUCAACUCCAACAACAAUUAAGCAAGAAUUGGGAGAAAAUAGAUCAAUGUUAUGGGGUUUCCCUUGGCAAAUGAAUGGUGAAGGGAAUUACAUGAAUAACAUUAAUGGAAUGGAAUCAAUCAAAGAAAGUUGGAAUAGUGCCAUUGUGGGCCCUUCUUGGAACAAUCUUCUUAAUAGUCCUUUGAUGUAAUUGUAAUGCCUCUUAAUCACUAUUACUUCGUGGGUUCUGAAAUACUCAUGUUUGAGAAAAAUAUCACUAUUUAUAGCAAGUAUAAGAAAUGGAGGAAGUACUAUACUCGUAACAAUUGUGAUCUAGUAUCAUAGACCAUAGGAGAGACUAGAGAGAGAAGUUGUAUUUUUAAUUUCAUCUCUCAUUAAUGUUUUUUUUGGGUGGGUUAAAGUGAUUAUAUAUUGGAUUCACUAAAAUUACUAAGUCUUGGGAUUUUUUUUUUUUUUUGUUCUUUUGGGAUACCUUAGUUUUGUUUGGAGGUUUUUAUUAUAGAGGUAUUAUCUUGGUUUGUAUGGUCAUCAAUUUCAAGUUUUAUUUUUUCCAAUCAAUGUAUUGUAUUGUGUCUUCAAUUAGCUCGUGUUUUAAAUUUAAAAAGUAAACUAAACAUUCAUAGAGUA